UCGAAAAAAGAUCCAUUUGAUCUUGCUACAUCAUCAAUCAACUUGGCUCGAAUCUUUUACUUAAGAAGAAAAUUUUCUAAAGCACUAUCCUUUUAUACAAAACCAUUAGAAGUUUAUCAAAAAACAAUGAGAUCAAAUGAUCCUCGUAUCGGUAAAUUACAUGAAGAUAUUGGUGAUGUUUAUCGAAAAUGGAAAAAGUUUCAUACAGCUGCCAUAUCAUACCAUCGAGCAGCAGAAGUAUUGGGUCGGACAAUGGAAGAUAUCAAUUCAAGUCAAACAGCAUCUCCCGACAGACAGAGAUCAUCAAUUACAGUGGAUCCACCUUCAUUGCCCAAUUUUCCGGAAAAAUCGCUAAGCAAAGACCCACCAAUUACUAUAGUAAUUGGUCAAUUUUGA